UACUGCCUUUUUAAGAGACCAUUUUUCAGCUCUUACUUUGUUCUUUUGAAACUCUUUGAAAGUAACCUUCAAAAGAGAAGCUUAUGAGGAUGCAUAGCAGCAGAGUAACCCAGCAGAACCAUUCCUUGAACGAGACGCUGCCGGACACCUCAGAGAAGCUCCGCAGCAUUCUCAUAGCCCUAUACAUCAUCAACCUGGCUGGCGGCACCCUCGGGGUCAUCAUGAUGUCCCAUCAGUUGUUUCAAAGGAGAUCGCAGUCUGUGAUGACCAUUAUCAUCAGCAGCCUCCUGGUGCUGCAUACCUUUAUGCUACUCAGCAUCCCCUUCCGCCUCAGCUAUUACAUUUUACGGGAAUGGAAAUUUGGGAGUUUCGCCUGCAAGCUAGCAAGCGCCAUCAUCUACCUCCACAUGUACGCCACCUUCCCGUUUUACACGGCUAUCAUCAUAAUACGCCUCUUCCGACUCGAGUUUAGGAAGUGCUACACUACCACCUGGGUGGCUGCUGUCUGGCUGGUGGGAGCGCUGGUCAUCACACCCGUUCUUCUCUCGUACUACGGCACCUCUAAGACAUACAACUCCUCCAAAUGCUUUCAGUUCCAUAAGGAGAUACAAGAGGUGCCCAUGGUGAUCGCAAACUACUGCAUGGUUGGGAUUCUGGUGGCAGUUUGUGCUGUUCUCACGGUAAUCCAGUUGUCUGUGAUCUAUAGGCUGGCUGUGAAAUAUUGGCCCGACCUCAACUCCCAUGUGGAAUUCAGGGCUCAGGCAAAGAGUUUCUUCUUCAUCUUGGUAACAUUAGUGUGCUUUAUGCCUCAUCAUGUAUUCAGAGUAUAUUACAUCCAAAACUACCACCUGGAUAAAGACCAUAAACUAUUCCCAUACAAUGAAAUUUUUUUAGCUUUAACAGCAAUGUGCUGCUUGGAUAUGUUGUGCUUCAUAGCAGGAAUAGCUCACUGA